UCUGCACAGCACCGCUUCCGCUUCCCAGCUGCUGCAGCAGCUUGGUGGGAUGCUGGCGGAAUGUUUGAGGCGGGCUCUUCGUGGAGACCCAGGUGUUGGGACAACGUCCACGGGCCGCUAGUCCUUAUCGCUACAGUAUUAUAACACAUCAGCAUUAGUCGGUGCUGAGCCAUUUUGGACACAGUGGUCGACUGUGCAGCUCGUCACUCGCUCUGUCUGUCUCUCUCUCACUGUCUCUCUCUGCCGUGUAGAAGAAGCUUACACGGAAGUUAUUGGAUGGCAGCUCUCUUCCAGGACUUCACAAUGAAGACCAGCAUUUUUCUGCUCCUGCUCGCAGUCUUCACCUGUGGACUGGCGCGAGGAGAACAAAAUGCAGUCGACGAGCUGCAGGUGGAGACCCUGGUGAAACCAGAAACUUGCUCUGUACUUUCUGCAAUGGGAGACACGCUGCGAAUCCACUACACGGGCAAAUUGAUGGAUGGAAAGGUGAUUGACUCGUCACUAUCCAUGGAGCCUCUUGUUGUCGAGUUGGGCAAGAGGACAGUCAUUGCUGGUCUGGAACAAAGCUUGGUUGGCGUCUGUGAAGGGCAAAAAAUCAGAGCAACUAUUCCAUCUCACCUGGCAUAUGGGAAAAAAGGUUACCCCCCUACGAUUCCAGGUGAUGCUGCUCUUGAGUUCGAGGUGGAGGUGAUUUCUCUGAUGCAGCAGACGCCGUGGCAGAAGAUGGUCAACGAUGUGUUUCCCCUUGUGUGUUUGGCCCUGGUGCCCACGCUGCUCGGCUUGGUGGGACUUUAUCUCUACAAAAAGGCCAACGCAGAGAAGCCAAGCAAAAAGAAGGCAAAGGAUAAGAAGAGCAAGAAGAAAUAAGGACAAAAAGUGCAGAACUAUUUAAAUAAAAAUUUUGUAAUUUUA